CCGGGCGGCAGCCCCACGGCGGCGGGGGUGCGCACCGCCUUCACCGACCCGCCCGAGCAGGUGCCCGAGAGCCUGUCCAACCAGAAGCGGCGGGUGAAGGUGCUGAAGCAGGAGCUGGGCGGGCUGGGCAUCAGCAUCAAGGGCGGCAAGGAGAACAAGAUGCCCAUCCUCAUCAGCAAGAUCUUCAAGGGGCUGGCGGCCGACCAGACCCAGGCGCUGUACGUGGGCGAUGCCAUCCUGGCCGUCAACGGCACGGACCUGCGGGACGCCACGCACGACGAGGCGGUGCAGGCGCUCAAGCGGGCGGGCAAGGAGGUGCUGCUGGAAGUGAAGUACAUGCGAGAAGCAACUCCAUACGUGAAGAAAGGUUCUCCAGUUUCAGAAAUUGGUUGGGAAACACCUCCACCCGAGUCCCCCCGGUUGGGUAGUGCAUCCUCUGACCCACUGUCGCAGCUUUCCCUCUCUGUCAACAGAGACAAAAAAACAAUUCCACUCAAAAUGUGUUAUGUGACACACAACAUGGCUGUGUCGGACCCAGAAAACAGACUUAUUGAAGUCCAUUCACCUGAUGGGAAGCACACUGUGGUACUAAGGAGUAAGGAUUCAGCCACAGCCCAGGCCUGGUUCAAUGCUAUCCACUCCAGUAUCAAUGAUCUCAUCCCCAGGGUGGUUGCAGAAGUCAGAGACCAGCUGGGUAAAACAGGGAUCGCUGGAAGUCGAGAAAUUAGGCACCUAGGCUGGCUUGCAGAAAAGGUGCCAGGAGAGAAUGAGAAGCACUGGAAACCAGCACUAGUUGUCCUGACUGAGAAGGACCUUUUAAUAUAUGAGAGCAUGCCACGAAUGAAGGAAGCUUGGUUCAGCCCUCUUCAUACCUACCCCCUGCUAGCAACCAGGCUCACCCACCCAGGGCCAGGCAGAAAUAGCCCAGAGUCAGGGGUGCAUUUAUCCUUUGCAACCCGCACUGGAACAAGGCAAGGGAUUGAAACUCAUCUCUUCAGAACAGAGACUAGCAGAGACCUCUCCCUGUGGACAAGGAACAUAGUGCAGGGCUGUCACAACUCAGCUGAGCUCAUCACAGAAAUCACAACCUCUUGUACCUACAAAAACCAGGAGUGCCAUCUGACCAUCCACUAUGAGCACGGGUUCUCUCUCUCAACCGAACCACAAGAUGGUGCCUUCUCUAAAAUGAUUAUACAGUAUCCCUAUGAAAAACUAAAAAUGUCCUCCGAUGAUGGGAUUAGGAUGCUUUAUUUAGACUUUGGAGGAAAGGAUGGAGAACUUCAACUGGACCUGCAUUCGUGUCCAAAACCAAUUGUGUUCAUCAUUCAUUCCUUCCUUUCAGCUAAGAUUACGAGACUUGGUUUGGUAGCAUAAGUGGGAUUCAUCUGUUUCCUAAAAGAAAAAUGGAGCUGCCAUGCUAAUCCGAAAUACAAUCAACAUUAGAAACCUGUAGCUGCUAGCAGUAUACAAACAACUGGAGUUCAAUGCAGGGACUUUAGCUCUGGUGAUUUCUGAAAAUUUUCCAAGGUACAGCCUUCAUUUUGAAAGGGAGGCCCAAAAAAAGAAAACAUACCAACAUGUUUAAAGACCAAGAACAGUCUUUUAAAAUCACUGUUAAUUACAGGAUACAACAACAUAGCUUAUUGUAAAUAAUGGCAAAAAAUGUAAAACUGCAUACUGUACAGUGGAAAUGAGCAGUGCCAUAUAUAUAUGUAGACAUUUCAAAAUCAUAAACUGUGCCUAUUUCAGAGUAUUUGUUUAUAAAAAGUAAGUAAGGGCUAAGCAGAAGACAGACCAGACACUAUCACAGCUGCAAUUCAGUCAAGGUUUCAGUUUUGAAAUGUCAUAGUGAGUAGAGACUCUACAACAAAGGUUUCAAAAACAAAUUGUUAUCUUCCUCCCAGUUUGUUCACUAUUUAAAUGCGUUGCUGUUCUAGCUGAGCCAUGUGAGGCAGCUGCUGGAGUACCCCAGCACAUACAUUUUGGCUGGGUCCUGUAAACAGCCCUCAAAACGGCCCAACGCUUCCCUAUUGCCCGCACAUGUAAAGCUACCUGUGUAUGAUGAAGUCUGAACAGCAAUAGCUAUAGGGAUCUAUCAAAAAGCCUGUCAAGCAGAAGAGAGCACAAAAGGGGCAUGUUUCAGAAGUGUCCUUAAUUAAUGAGCACAUGGGGUAAUUUUUUUCAAAAGCACUCAAAAUUACUUAGGAGUUUAACUCUGUUGAAGUCAGUUGUACCUAUGAUCUAUUUUGAAAAGGUCCCCAAAAUUCUUACAAGCUUUUGAAAAUUUUGCCAAAAAAAUUAAGUUACUGCACCCCACUUAAAAUCGUGAACUAGAACUGCCACUGUGUCCUGCUGUUAAAUCAGCUGAAUUGAAAUGGACUUCAUUAAGACUUGCAUUUGUUUAGCUCAGUAAAUUAAUUUAAAAUACACUUUUGAGAUCCAAGAAGUGGCUUAAAAUGUAUUAUUAGCAGUAAAAUGAAAAUAAAAUAUUGAUCAAAUAGAAUUUAUAUUGCUUUUAAACGGCAACAGAACUGCUUCAAAUAGGUCUUUAUAAUGUGUUGAUGCUAAAAAACAUGUUUUGAAAGCCAGAGCCUAUAAGUGGUCACAGUGUAGCGCUGCAAUGGUUCAUUAUUGUUACACUUCAAAAGCCAAGUAAGUUCUAAAAUAAAUGCUACUCACUGAGCAAAGGAAAAGAAAUUAAAUGCUCUAAACACAAUUUGUUUCCAUAUGAACUGUUUUAUGUUAAAGUCCUAAACAUAGUAACAAGGCCAAUGUUUCCACAUAAAAUAAUCUAUAUUUUUAUAAUGGGCUAACUAGUAAUAGAAACUCCUUUACAAGUUUUAAGAGAUGUUGGGCUAAAUUCACAAAAGUUGUAUUGUACUUGCAAACAUUACACCCAAAGACGACAGCACACAAAUUAAAUAUUUGAAAUUGUUAUCUUCACAAAAAAUCCUGAAAACAGUUGGUCUAUCUGAACUCUUUUACUUUGAUUGGGACUUAUGUAAGGAACUAAAACUAUCUAAAAUGUGUAAAUUUAAAUAAUAUACCAAUAUUGUCCAAUAGUGUGCAUUUCUAACCUCCUCAAAACUGAUAUUCAUGCAGUUCCUUGGCACAAAGUGUUGGUCUUUCCGGCUUAAAUUUUCACAAUACUCAUAUUGCCUCUUUUGGGAGGCAAAUGUAUGUCAUAUGUUUGGGGACUGGCCUUCGAUCACAAGAUUGUAUUUCAGUAGCAGCCUGUGCAGAGCAUGUAAAAAGUAAAUUCAAAAUUGUAUCCCUCUGUUAAAUCAUUACAUCUUCCAAGUCACCCAAGCAAAGUGUUUUGUUUUGGUUUUGUACAAGUACAAAUACUUAAUGAAUUUGGAUCCAUAUUCCUCUGGAAAUUCCAGAGAUUAAAGUAGCAACUGAUGUACUGUGGGUACGGUGAAAUGAAAAUGUAAAUUAUACUGCACUAUCUCCUUAUACCUUUUAACACUUAAGAUCACUGGAAUGUUAUAAAAUUACAUGUAUGUGCAUUGUAAAUAAUCAGAAUUCAUAUAUCUGUGUCAACAAAUAAAUUCCACAAUAUGUAAUCUAAGGUGCUCAGUACCAUAUGAAGUAUAAGUGAAUAACUAAAUAGUUUGCAAUGAAAGUGCAUAUUAUAUAUUUAUAGACAAAUUAAAAAAAGGUAAUUACAAAUGUUAUUUCUUCAUUUACAGAUUUUGGACUGAUUCUUAUUUGGAUGGGUUUGACAAAUGAAAUAUGACCUUACUCUACAUUUAUAAGAGUAGUUAAUAUUUAUAUUUUAGAGGAAAAGAAUAUAUUUAAUAAAAGUCAUUUAUUGGA